UCUCACAUAAGGAAGACGAAAAUGGCUCAGAAAGGAGUUCAGCUGGACCGAGAAACCUUCUCUUGUUCCAUCUGUUUGGAUCUACUGAAGGAUCCGGUGACUACGAGCUGUGGACACAGCUACUGCAUGAACUGUAUUAAAACACACUUUGAUGAAGAAGACAAGAAGGGAAUCCACAGUUGCCCUCAGUGCAGGAAGACUUUCAUACCGAGGCCUGUCCUGGAGAAAAACAUCAUGUUAGCAGAGUUGGUGGAACAGCUGAAGAAGACUGGACUCCAAGCUGCUCCAGCUGAUCACUGCUAUGCUAGAGCUGAAGAUGUGGCCUGCGAUGUCUGCACUGGGAGGAAGCUGAAAGCAACCAAGUCCUGUCUGGUAUGCCUGGCCUCUUACUGUGAGAAACACCUCCAACCUCACUAUGAUGUAGCUCCAUUAAAGAAACACAAGCUGGUGGCCCCCUCCAAGAAGCUCCAGGAGAACAUCUGCUCUCGUCAUGAUGAGGUGAUGAAGAUUUUCUGUCGUACUGAUCAGCAGAGUAUCUGUUAUCUCUGCUCAAUGGAUGAACAUCAAGGCCAUGAAACAGUCCCAGCUGCAGCAGAAAGGACCGAGAAGCAGAAGGAGCUCGAGGUGAGACGACUAAACAUCCAGCAGAGAAUCCAGGACCGAGAGAAAGAUGUGAAGCUGCUUCAACAGGAGGUGGAGGCCAUCAAUGGCUCUGCUGAUAAAGCAGUGGAGGACAGUGAGAAGAUGUUGACUGAGCUGAUCCGUCUGAUCCAGAAAAGAAGCUCUGAUGUGAAGCAGCAGGUCAGAUCCCAGCAGGAAACUGAAGUGAGUCGAGUCAAAGAGCUUCAGGAGAAGCUGGAGCAGGAGAUCGCUGAGCUGAAGAGGAAAGACGCCGAGCUGGAGCAGCUCUCACACACAGAGGAUCACAACCAGUUUCUACACAACUACCCCUCACUGUCAGCACUCAGUGAGUCUACACACUCAUCCAGCAUCAAUAUUGGUCCUCUGAGGUACUUUGAGGAUGUGACAGCAGCUGUGUCAGAGACCAGAGAUAAACUACAGGACAUCCUGAGAGAGGAAUGGACAAACAUCUCACUGAGAGUUACUGAAGUGGAUGUUUUACUGUCACCAUCAGAGCCAAAGACCAGAGCUGGAUUCUUAAAAUAUUCACAUGAAAUCACACUGGAUCCAAACACAGCAUAUACACGUCUGUUAUUAUCUGAGGGGAACAGAAAAGUAACAUUUAUGAAACAACAACAGUUUUAUUUUGAUCAUCCAGACAGAUUCACUGUAUAUUAUCAGGUCCUGAGUAAAGAGAGUCUGACUGGACGUUGUUACUGGGAAGUGGAGUGGAGAGGGGGAGGAGUUUGUGUAGCAGUUGCAUACAAGAAUAUCAGUAGAGCAGGUAUCUUAUUUGGAUGUUUAUUUGGAUCUAAUGACAAAUCUUGGGCAUUACGUUGUGACACAAACAGUUAUGAAUUUUGGCACAACACAAUAAAAACUCCCUUCUCAGGUCCUCAGUCCUCCAGAGUAGGAGUGUACCUGGAUCACAGAGCAGGUAUUCUGUCUUUCUACAGCGUCUCUGAAACCAUGACUCUCCUCCACAGAGUCCAGACCACAUUCACUCAGCCGCUCUAUGCUGGACUUUAUCUUUUGAAUGAUGGAGUCACUGCAAAGUUGAUUAAAGUCAGAUAGACAGAGAAGAUAGGUUCAUGUUGAUCCCUGAACAUUAUAUGUACUCAAGGGCGUAGGAAUGAGUUUAA